AUGGCAUCUUAUCGGUUCAUCGCCAGUGCCAUAGCAAUAGUUCUAGCCCUAAGCAUCAACGGGAGCUUAGCAGCACGUCACUUGCUCGACACGACUCCGCCACCAGCCCCUGCCCUGCCUACCAUUCCCAACCUGCCGACAGCUACCCUGCCGCCGCUUCCCUCAAUGCCAACCCUGCCUAAGCCGACUGCACAGCCACCUCUCCCAAACACUGCCCCCACACUGCCUACUGCCACCCAACCGUCUCUUCCGAAGCCCGGAUCUCUACCCCCACUCCCUAGCCUCCCCACGACCAUGCCCAACCUCCCGAAGGCUACCGUUCCGCCACCACUCCCCAGCCUGCAGCAGCCCACUAUCCCUAAGGCUGCAUUGCCGCCACUCCCCAGCCUGCCUAACACCAUGCCAGCUGUACCGAAGGCCACUCUUCCGCCUCUCCCGACCAUGCCCUCAAUCCCGACCACCAUGCCGUCAAUCCCAUUCCUCGCUCCGCCGCCAGCAACCCCCAGUCCUUGA